CAAUUCAGACAAUGGCAUCAGAGAUUAUGAAAAUAAGCUGUUUGUGCAAAAGGCUUGUCCUCAACUCCAGGUGUCUGAUCUUGACGCGGCAAGCAUUCAGAUCAAUCAGGUCAGGCCAUACACCGAAAGAUCCAUCCCCAGGGGAUUCCACAACGGUCAGCGCUAAGUGGGUCAACUGUAAAGCACGCACAUUUACUACAAGCACCGCUGACUGGUACAGAGUCAAGGGAGAUAAUAAGUCCAGGAGAGCCUCUACGUCAUCCCGCCGGGCGCCCAACUCCAAAGCUGGUGAAAGGAAAUCAACGGGAAACCCGAAACGCUGCCGGCCGACAUCUUCGAGACAAGUGAAGAGAGAGCAAAAAAAGAUACGGAAGGGACCCGCGACGCCGAGCUCUGUGGAGUGCUCAUCAUCAGAUGAUUUGAAUGCUGGGAAGAACACGUUCGGAAAAAGGAUGACCUCGCUGUUGUCGUGUGCCGCUGGACGUGAGGCCAUGAGAACCGGUACAAUGAGACACAUCGGAGACAAUAAAGGUCUUGGACCAUUAGCGGGACUCAAUUUGUGGAGAAGGGCAUUCUUUGUCAGGUGGAUCACCGGUCAACCGUACAGAGGUCCAAUUAGCGAGCUCGUAGUGUUCCAGUAUUACGUCACCAUGCAGAGCUUCAGACAACUGUUGUAAAGCAGUUGUAACCAAUCGAUGUAGAAGGGGAAACAAAGUAACCAAAAAAAAGUAUACAUAUUAAUGGCAGAGUAAUUGAGCUUGGACAAUAGCCAGUCAAUUUUUAGCGCUCAUAAUAGACAUACAUGCAAAUCAUACAGACUGACAAUGAUAGUGUUGAAUCUUCAGUAAUCAAAUGUACAUAUCUAAGACUACAAUUGUGGUAACAAGAGUACUUUUAUCAUCGCAUUUUUUUCUUAAUAUAUCUGUCGAUGAGCAUACAUGGUCGACGAAGAGUUACCAUGUAGUUUUCAGCUGAUGUUAACAUGUUCAAGCUGAAAAGUUCUUAGAAACAAAGAUAACUAAAAAAAAGGAGAUAAAAUGAUAUUUGGUCAGACUUCAUGCUUUGCUCACCUGGUCAGACUUCAUGCUUUGCUUAAAACUCCAAAAUGUAUGUUGGCUCACCUGCUGUCUUCUCUGACACCAACAGGAACCAUCGGAAAUAAGACCUGGGUAUAUGUAGCAGAACUAUUCACCGAGGCCUGCAAGAAGAAAAUUUACAAAAAACAUUUAAUUACAAUGCGAAUGUUUAAAAUUAACAUCUUGCAAUAAAUAAGCCCUUUCACUUGAAAAUGACAACAAUUGGAGUACACAAGGACACACCAUGGAGAGUCGGUGCUCUGCGUAUGCCCAGCUACAAUUACCAGUACGCGGCCUUCAAGCAAGCACAGCUCUGUGAUCAUGUCAACGUGUACACGGCCAAGACAUCGCCAAUAUUCCGAAGUGCAGACGAGGAUAGAAAACGGAGGUAAUAACAAUAUGAAAUUGUUGAUCUUGUGUGCAUAAAUUGUGGUCUGUGUACGUAAAUUGUUGGUCUGGUGUACAAAUUAUUGUUGUUCUAAUUCACUAAUUAUUGUUCAAUUUAUCUUCGCGAUGAACAUUAAUCAGAUGAGUCUGACUGUGUCACUUUCAUUCAGAUCAUUUCCUCGUGCAGCUCGUGGUGGUGGCCUUGCUGACAUCAAUAAGGACACGUUGUCCCGUUAUCUGGCCUUUGUCACAGACUUUCCAUUUGCUCACACAUCGUUUGAAACAGUUCAACUUACCUUGUCGGUGCCCCAGCAGACUGUUAUUUUUAUGUACAUUUAUUGCAUCUGCCUUAGCAGGAAAAAUGAACUUACUGACGCUAUUUCUUCGUGAUUCCCAGAUUGUUUCAUUGCAACACAUUGACUACCACUUAUAUUGUAUUAGGCGAUAUGAACUUUAACCUCCACAAGCUCCAGAACCCCUCUACUGCUAAGAUGAUGGAUCUUUUGGACUUAUUUAGUCUUCAGCAAUCAGUCGACCAACCGACUCAUAAUCGUGGACAUUUUAUUGAUUGGGUGCUACAUAGGCCUAAGGAUGGUGUAAUUACCUCUACUUCAGUUACUCAAGGUCUGUCCUCAGACGACUUCUGUUUUGUUAGAGAGCUUAGCGUUAGUGUCCCCUCUCCUCCCCUCAGUUCAGGGUGAUCCACAGUGUGCGUGCUAUAAAUAGGGAUGCCUUUAAGCACAAUCUGAGUUUAGAGGUGUCCCCCGCCUUCUGCUCUACUUUGGAAACCCUAGACAGUGCCUUGCACGCUGUGCUUGACCGGCAAACCCUUAUUACCGGCCAAAUUGUUAGGUCAGCACGGUCAGCUCACCUGGUAUGCGACCAUCAGAGAAGAACUACGCAGUGUCAAGAAAGAGGCGCCACUGAGGAAAGGAAGUGGUUGAGUUCAGGCCUUGCUGUUUAUAAGCAGAUCUUUUCCGCUGCCAAGAAGCGGGUGACUGAGAUUUGUUAUCAAGUCUUUGUAUUUCAGCACUAUGAUCAUUAUGGGUAAAACCAGCAGGCAGUUGUUUGACGUCUGUAGCCAACUCACAGGAAGAAACACAAAGUAACCGUUUUCCGUCAGUCUAUCUAUUGCCUGAGCAACCAGAUAUUUUUUGUUAUUUUUUACACGCAAAGUAGCAGAAACUCAUGCUGAGCUUGAUCUUCUUGACGUAUCACCCCUUGAACUGCCUCCUUCUUCUGGCGUUAGUUCACAUUUCGAUGUUUUUUAAACCUGUUUCAGAACAAGAGGUCAAAUGUAUUAUUCUAAAACCUAAACCUACCUCAUGUUCUCUCGACCCCAUUCCCACUCCACUGUUGGUUGAGUCAUUGGAUCCAUUGCCCCAACGAUAACCCAUAUAGUCAAAAGAGCUUGUCUGCUGGCAUUGUUUCCUCUCUUUGUAAGACAGCUGUCAUCAAACGAUUACUUAAGAAGUCUGGUCUUGAUCAAAAUAGUUUUAAAAACUAUAGACCUGUAUCUAAUUUAUAAUUUUUAUCUAAAGUCAUUGAAAAACUAGCUCUAAAUUAACUUUGUACUUGCUUGAAUGACCACUCUCUUCUCAGUACUAAUCAGUCGGCCUAUAGAACUUUUUGCAGCACAGAGACAGCUCUCUUGAGAGUCAGUACUGACCUCUUGCUUGCACUGAACAACAAUGAUGUCUCCACCCUGAUCCUCUUAGAUCUCAGUGUGGCCUUUGAAACCGUUGAACAUCAAACCGUUUUCAAAACCCUUGAGAAUUAUUUAGGCAUUGUUGGCUCAGUUUUUAUUUGGUUUCAGUCCUACCUCUCCUAUAGAACGCAGGCAGUCGUCGUUGAUGGCUGUCUCUUCAGUUUUGCUAACUUGGUGUACGGAUUGCCACAGGGGUCCGUUUUGGUCCUGUACUAUUAACAAUGGGAACCAGGCCACUUCACCUCCUCCUCGGAAGGCAUGCUGUUAAGAGCCAAUCAUUCGCAGAUGACAUGCAGCUAUACAAGCAUACUUAUCCAUCUCUUGUCAAAUCCGCUAUCUACACCUUGCAGGAGUGCAUUGAUGAUGUCAAAUCAUGGAGGACUCUCAGCAAGUUGAAGCUGAACGAUGACAAAACGGAAGCACUCCUCAUUCACAAUCAUAAAUCAUCCUCUAAUUCAGCUCUCCUCACCUCGUUUCAAGUAGGUAGCUCCGAUAUAGAGUUCACAUCCUCUGAUAGGAAUCUUGGUUACAUUCUUUCUGAUAACAUAUAUCUCAAUAAUCAUACUUCUCACAAAUGUCACCCUGCGUACACCGCUAUCCGUCAGAUCAGCUCCAUCCGCCACUACCUCAUCAACAAAAACCCUAGUAUGUGCUCUUGUUCUCUCUCGUUUUGACUAUUGUAGCUCUCAUCUGUCAGCGUCACCAAAAAAUUUCAUUGAAAAACUGUAGAAAUUUAAAAACUCAGCUGCUAGGUUAGUUCUAAAGGCACAAACACGCGUAUUCUUUCUGUUCCCAGGACACGCACUGAAACAUGUGGUGAACAAUCGUUCUCUUUUUGCAUCCUAAAGCAAUUGAAUUCUCUCCCAUUACACAUCCGCAAUAUAAAGACCAUCACACCCUUCAAAACUCCCAACUUUUUUUUCCCUUUCCAAACAGAUUUCGUGAAUGUCUUCGACGGGAAGCUGCUGUCGCAUCUGGGGCAGCAAACUUCGAGGUGAAAAUUUGGGAUUUGAUGUCAUCCAACAGCAAGGCACAAGGUAUGAGCUGACAGUAUUAAAUGAAAAAAACUAACAAGCCUUUAAUAUCAGCUUUCCCACACUUUCUUUAUCCUACACACUUUACGCAAUGUUUCCCCAUUCGUUUGGAGCCUCUUACUAAAGUAAAACUCAAUUUUAAUAGAGGAGGAAAUAGAUUUUAAUAGAGGAGGAAAUAGAUUUUAAUAGAGGAGGAAAUAGAUUUUAAUAGAGGAGGAAAUAGAUUUUAAUAGAGGAGGAAAUAGAUUUUAAUAGAGGAGGAAAUAGAUUUUAAUAGAGGAGGAAAUAGAUUUUAAUAGAGGAGGAAAUAGAUUUUAAUAGAGGAGGAAAUAGAUUUUAAUAGAGGAGGAAAUAGAUUUUAAUAGAGGAGGAAAUAGAUUUUAAUAGAGGAGGAAAUAGAUUUCUAAAUAUUAAAUGAAUAACAGAAGUAACGGUAAACUAAAAAAAAUUUAAAGAACAAAUUGGACUCAAGGGCUCCUAAAAUAGGAGCCAAGGGCUCUUGUGUUCUUGUAAUCAGUUUUUCAAUUUGGGAACCCCCGUUUUCCUUUUAUAUUAAAUAAGAAUUAAGUUUUAGAUGAAAUAAUCAGCAUUCAUUUUUAUUAAGUAAAAGCAUCUCAUUAAGAUCUUAAACAGGGUUUUUUGUUGUACCGUACAAAUGAAGUUAAAUGUUACGGAAAAGUAAAAAGUUAUCUUCUGUGUAAAAAGUUAGUCCGUAUGUGUCUAUCUGCCAGCUUGUUACAUUUAUCGAAAUAUUAUUUUAUUCGUAUACUUACUAGUAUAAAUGACCCCAUGAUAAACGACCGGCCCACCUAGGACGGCAGGUCUCGUAAGAUUUUAAUGGAUGUCAGCUGUCGUUAACAGCUACGCCCAAAACCCCAUUAAUCAUGCUUAGCCUGUCCAUUUGGCAAAUGAAGUGACUGGUUUCCUCCUUAAGGAUUCGUCCCUUAUCGGGAAACUUUCUUAAAUUGUGGCUUUCUGGAUAUCUUGCUAGCACGCUCAUUACAAGCUGGCCUCCGUGAUGUAUAUUGCUGAUAAAAAUAUAUCAUGGCCUUGGAGAUUAGAGAUUAAGAAUUAUAGUUUGCAUGCUCUAUUUUUAACUAACAAUUAAUCAGGACUCAUCAUUCCAAACAGUUGAAACCCUCGUUCUGCCGCCGGCUGUUGCAGCAGUUCCUGAACCCGACCUUCUCGUUCGGGUGAGGAUCGGUGCCAAGGACUACGCAAGAUGGCGUUUCGAGACCACCCCGGUAGUGACGACACAGGCGCGUGCGGAGUGGAAUCAUUUCCUCAACAGAUGUCCCGAGAGAUUUGAUAUUUCACUUCCUGUGGAGAGUCCUGGCACCAAGGUAAAUGUUUGUUAUCGGUGUUGGUGCGUGUGUGUUUAUGGAGAGCUCUAAUAUCAACUUGGGGAUAUACAAGAUCACACAUAAAUCUUACAAAACUCUAUUCGACUGAAAUCUUAAAAUAUGCCAUGUUUUAAGUUCCAAUUAAAAAAAAUAAAUCCAAGUUAUAUAUGAGGCUCCAGAGGCACAAUUGUAUUAAUUGUUAAGUCGUUUAAAAAUAGUUUUUUCAAUAGUUAGUGUUUUCAUGCUUUCCAGAACUGCCCAGAACGCACUUAUAGGGUGGGAAGCGCAUGGGUCCCGUAUAAUCACGGCAAGAUUUAAGACCAAAAAACGAAAAAUCAAUAUGGACAUCCUACAGGUGUACGCUCCUACCAACGAUAGUAAAGAAGUGGACAAAGAGGAUUUCUACAACAGACUGCGAACCCUUGUCCAAAUGUGCCCUAAGAGCAAUAUGGUUAUACUCAUGGGCGACCUAAAUGCGAAAAUAGGCAGCAACAAUAAAGGCUAUGAAGAAUGCAUGGGAACACAUGGUAUGGGAGAGAUGAAUGAAAAUGGUGAAAGACUAGCAGAUCUAUGUGCUACAAUUGGACUAGUCAUCGGAGGAAGCCUCUUCAUGCAUAGAAAUAUCCACAAGGCGACAUGGAUUUCACCAGAUAUGUCAACGGCUAACCAAAUUGACCAUUUCUGUAUUUGCAAUAAGUUUAGACGGUCGCUCCAAGAUGUUAGGGUAAAAAGAGGGGCAGAUGUAGCCUCAGACCAUCAUCUAAUUAUUGCCAAAUUAAGGCUGAAACUGAAAAAGAACUGGACAAGCGAGGGAAGCAAGCGCCAACAUUUUAACAUCAACCUCUUGAAAGAUGAGUCCAAGCUAAAGGAGUUUAAACUUACCAUCUCCAAUAAGUUCCAGAUCUUACAGGAACUAGGCAAUGAAGAAACAAUUGACAAAAACUGGAAAGAAAUCAAAGAGAUAUUCACGACUACCUGUGAAGAAGUGUUGGGCCCUAGGCAACAAACGCAUAAAGAAUGGAUUUCUGCUGAAACCAUGGAAAAAAUCCAAUAUAGGAGAAAGAAGAAGGCAAAUCUAAACAAUAGCCGCACCAGAACCGAAAAGGCCAGAGCAUCAACAGAAUACUCAGAAGCAAAUAAAGAAGUUAAACGUAGUAUAAGGACAGAUAAAAAGAACUACAUAGAAGGAUUAGCAAGUGAAGCAGAGGAGGCUGCGUACCAUGGAAACACAAGAGAAUUAUUCAGUACAAUCAAAAAGUUAUCUGGAAAGUUCAACAAUCCAGUGAGACCAGUUAAAACUAAAGAUGGGAAAUCAAUACCUGAUGAAGAGGGUCAGAAAAAAAGAUGGAUAGAACAUUUUGAAGAACUCCUCAACCGGCCAGCACCACAACACACACUCAACAUAGAGCCAGCGGAAAAAGAUCUAGAAAUAGAGUGCAGCACACCCACAAAGCAAGAAAUAUGCAGAGCAAUUAAACAACUAAAGAAAGGCAAGGCGGCAGGUCCUGACAGAAUACCGACAGAAGCCUUGACAGCAGAUAUUACGUCUAGCACUGAAAUGCUACACACACUAUUCAAGAAAAUAUGGGAGGAGGAACAGAUACCGGCUGAAUGGAAAGAAGGACACCUCGUUAAGCUCCCGAAGAAAGGAGACCUUAGUUCUUGUUCUAACUAUAGGGGAAUAACCCUGCUGUCGAUCCCAAGCAAAGUAUUCAACAGAAUGCUGCUAAACAGAAUGAGGGAGGCAAUAGACAUCAAUCUUAGGGACCAACAAGCAGGGUUCAGAAAAGACAGAUCCUGCACAGACCAGAUUGCCACACUGAGAAUUAUUGUGGAACAAUCUCUGGAGUGGAACUCGUCACUAUACGUCAACUUCAUUGACUAUGAGAAGGCUUUUGACAGUGUCGACAGACAGACUCUGUGGAAGCUGCUUAGACACUACGGGGUACCACAAAAAUUGACAGACAUAAUUAAGGCUUCUUACGAAGGACUAUCCUGCAGAAUUGUCCACGGCCAACAAACAACGGCGGCUUUUGAGGUACAGACCGGUGUCAGACAGGGGUGUCUGCUCUCGCCUUUCCUAUUCCUGCUGACCAUUGAUUGGAUAAUGAAAAUGUCUACAGAGCAGAAGAGAAAUGGUAUUCAGUGGACACUAUGGAAACAACUUGAUGACCUGGAUUUUGCGGAUGAUCUGGCCCUAGUAUCACACACACAGCAACAGAUGCAAGAGAAAACCAAUUAUGUAGCACAGUACUCUGCUUGCAUCGGCCUGAACAUCCACAGAGGAAAAAGCAAAGUCCUUAAAAUAAAUACAUCAAGCAACACACCUAUAGCACUGGAAGGAACAAACCUUGAGGAGGUGGAUAGCUUUACAUACCUCGGCAGCAUCAUUGACAUACAAGGAGGGACAGACGCCGACAUAAGAGUGAGAGUUGGUAAGGCAAGAGCGGCAUUUAACCAGCUAAAAAAGGUCUGGAGCUGCAGCAAUUUGACCCUCCAGACCAAGGUCAAGGUAUUCAACACCACAGUGAAACCUGUCUUGCUAUAUGGGGCAGAAACAUGGCGAACAACAGCAGCUGGUUCAAAAAAGCUACAGACCUUUAUCAACUCAUGUCUCCGAACGAUUUUACGAAUCCGCUGGCCCACCGUCAUCACCAACGAGGAUCUCUGGCGGCGCACACAACAAGAACCAGUGGAAGAGUUAAUCUGCCAGCGCAGAUGGAGAUGGAUUGGCCACACCCUCAGAAAGCCCGCAUCAAGUAUCACGAGACAAGCCCUGACUUGGAACCCCCAGGGUAAGAGAAAAAGAGGUCGACCCAAAACAACUUGGAGAAGGGAACUGGAGGCAGACAUCAAAAAGAGUGGGCACAACUGGGGACAGUUGGAGAGACUUGCCCAAGACCGGGAUGCCUGGAGAGCCUUUGUUUGUGGCCUAUGCCCCAGACGGGACGACAGGCGAUGAUGAUGAUGAUGAGUGUUUUCUAUAAAUGCAGAUAUAUAUCGAUAUAGUAUUUCAUGUAGCUACUUAUCAGAACAAGAAACAAUCUAACAUUGAAUCAGGCCAGAUCUGACUUUAAUUAAUUAAAUCUGUGUAUUGGUAACUAGUAUUGUAGUUCAGUUUCUGUGUGUGUUUUUUCAUGACAAUACCACCAUCAAGACUCUAUUGAAACAUAGCUAUAAAUAUAGGUCACAUACUCCACAAUAUUCUCAAUUCACAAACCAAUUUCAUUCUGAUCAAUCACAAUAAAUUUUAACGUUUAAAUGAAACAUGGGACUGAGGUCCGAACCCUAAAACUUUCACUGUCUACUCCACAGCCCUAUUAUGACGGUGGCUACGCACUGCGUUACCUAUGUCCUCACCUGACGAGAGGUCUAGGAUUGGAACUUUGGUCGACCACGCAGUUUGGGUACAUACAAGGCCCAGUAGACAUAAGCCCGUUCAGAGAGAUCCAGGUCCAUAAUGCGUUGGCAGACAGCAGAGCUAGGAUCGCAUGAUUAAAUGCUAUAAUGCCCAGAGAGAUCAGAGUCCAGAAUGAGACUAAUGAGACAGCAGUGAUGUCAGAAAAACAACACUACAUUCCAAGACAGCAGCAAGGGGAACAACCAAUCAAAUGUUUUAAACACGAUAUCUGGGAACGCUCUUCCACAAUUAAAAGACACAAUUGUUCA